AUGGAAUCUUUUACUGAAAUUGGUCAUCUCAAACAUUUUUUAGAACAGCCCAGGAGAAUCGCAAUAAAUAACCGAAAACUUGUGAUAUAUAAUUAUAAGGAAAAGUUAUAUUGUACGGAUGCGAAUUGUUAUCAUUCUGCGGGAAGACUGGAAUACUUUAGUGAGGAUAUAGAGGAGAUUCUAGGCCAGCCUUGUAUUCGGUGUCCACAGCAUAAAUAUGUCAUCUCAAUAUCCACUGGAGAAUCAUUUUACCGCCCAGUAGAAGUGAUUCAAGUGGAAGAAAAUGGUAGACUAAGGAGGAAAGUGCUGUUACUAGACUGGAAAUCCAAGGGAAAAUGCCAGAGAACACACGAAGUCAAGGUUGAAAAUGAUAAAGUCUACGUUAAGCUAGAUGAAUCAACUGACGAAUUACCCUCUGAUAAAUAUGCAUUUCUCUAA